UGUGUGAGUUCAGAGUUCACUCCGGUGCACGUGAUUUAAAAUGUCUGCGACCUUCCUAAAAAUAAGGAUUCAGAAAGAAACAUUGAAACUGCUACACGUUUACAGCACAUUAAACAUUCUAGCCGGAACGUUGCCAGAGGCAUCUUAGUGAACAUGUCAGAAAACAGUAUCGUUGAAGAGAAAGGUGCCGGCGUCACAAUCCCUAGCAGAGCAGUGGUUAUUCAGAUGUUGGCGGAAAAAUUCGAACGGCUGCCUGAGCUCGACAGAAAAAUAUUUAACUAUGGCCCUCUGUAUCUGGGAGGUAAUGCCGCAUUGGCAGGACUGAUUGCCAACAGCUUCUACAGGAGAGCACUGAAUGUCACUCAAGGGCUUUUCACAUCAAGUCUCCCAAUGGCUGUCCUACCAUUCUUGACAACAGUGGCCAUGUAUAAUGUAGCCGUGUCCAAACCAUUGUUGUCAGGUGACCUUAAUUGUCCAACUUGUGUCCUGAUAAGAGGUGCACUAGUUGGUGCAGUUGGUGCUGGCAUAUAUCCUAUUGUGUUGGCUUUGCCAGUAAAUGCAGGUCUUGCAACAAGGUACAACACAGCGCCAAUGCCCGAAAAGGGAAACAUUCUUCGUUUUUGGAAGAAGAUUACCCAGCCAGUCUUGAGGAAAAUGGGUUUUGUGAUAGUGCUACAGGUGUUCUUUAGCACCUACCUGAGCUCCAAGCACUUCGACACCUACUUGAAGAUGCUUCAGUUGUCCACUCCAGACAGCAAAGUGCUUAAGGAUUAAAUGUUUUAAACUCUGUUUUCUGUUUGUUUCCCAGUUAUACCAUUUAUAUACAGUGCUGACUCUGAGCAAGUUUGAAGAACAUCUUUAUUGAAAAAAAUACCUUAAUGAUUCUGUUUAACCAAACUACAAGCUGUAAAUCCAAUUGUAGUGCUGCCAAUUUAAACUUAAAACAAAGUAUUAAUUAAAUCGGAGCACACUUUG